AUGGCCAGCUCCAGUUUUCAACACACGGUCUGUGGGUCAGUGACAUUUAGGGAUGUGGCUGUUGACUUCUCUAAGGAGGAAUGGGCCUGCCUGGAUGCUACUCAGAAGGACCUAUACAGGGACACGAUGCUGGAGACCUACAGCCACCUCGUCUCAGUGGUGGGGAGUUGCCUUUCCAAGCCACAUCUGAUCACCUUACUAGAGCAGGAGAAAGAGCCCUGGAUGGCUGUGAAGGAAGAAACAGACAGGCCGAGCCCAGAUUUGGAGACAGAUUAUGAUGCUGAAAAUAUAUCUCCAGAAAAUCCUAUUAACAAUGGAAAAUUUCUCAAACAGAACAUAAAGCAGUUAAGUAGAAUUCUUGAUCUCAAGGGCUUUACUUUUAAUAAUGGCCCCAACUAUAUUACAUUCCAUGGAUUAAAGGGUUAUCAAGAAGGAGAUACUGGUCAAAAGGUUACCAACAAAGAAGAAAUGCCUACUUAUAUCUGUGAGACUCUUGCUUACGAUAUAGAAAAACCGUAUAAAUGUAAGGAGUGUGGGAAGUACUUUGGUUGUAGGUCAACUCUCACUCAGCAUCAGACUAUUCAUACUGGAGAGAAACCCUAUGAAUGUAAGGAGUGUGGGAAGGCCUUCAGACUCCCCCAACAGCUUACAAGACAUCAGAAGUUUCACAGUGGUGAGAAACCUUUCAAGUGCAAUGAAUGUGGAAAGGCUUUCCAUCUUCCUGACCUGCUCAAGUACCAUAAAACCAUCCAUACAGGUACAAAACCAUUUGAAUGCAGGGAGUGUGGGAAGGCCUUCAACCGUGUCUCCAACCUUGUUGCUCAUAGGAGUAUACAUGCUGAUGUGAAACCAUAUGAAUGUAAUGAGUGUGGGAAAGCCUUUAAACGUCGCUCAAAUCUUGUGCAACAUCAGAAAAUUCAUUCUGAUGAGAGACCUUUUCAGUGCAAGGACUGUGGGAAAGGCUUCAUUGUUCUGGCACAGCUCACUCGGCACCAGAACAUUCACACUGGAGAGAAAUUGUUUGAAUGUCAUGAAUGUGGGAAGGCCUUCACUCCCCAACAGCUUACAAGACAUCAGAAGUCUCACAGUGGUGAGAAACCUUUCAAGUGCAAUGAAUGUGGAAAGGCUUUCCAUCUUCCUGACCUGCUCAAGUAUCAUAAAACCAUCCAUACAGGUACAAAACCAUUUGAAUGCAGAGAAUGUGGGAAGUCCUUCAACCGUGUCUCCAACCUUGUUGAACAUAGGAUUAUUCAUGCUGAUGUAAAACCAUAUGCCUGUAAUCAGUGUGGGAAAGCCUUUAAACGUCAAAAAAGCCUCAUGCAACAUCAGAAAAUUCAUUCUGGUGAGAGACCCUUUCAGUGCAAGGACUGUGGAAAGGCCUUUAUUGUUCUGAGUCAUCUCACUAGGCACCAAACUAUUCAUACUGGAGAGAAGUCAUUUGAAUGUAAUGAAUGUGGCAAGAAAUUCAGAACUGCCACACACCUUGUUCAGCACCAGAGUAUUCAUACAGGCGAGAAACCCUUUGAAUGUAACAUAUGUGGGAAGGCUUUUCGACUUCAGGUAUACCUUUCUGAACAUCAGAAAACUCACAUGGAAGAGAAACACUUUGAAUGCAAUAUAUGUGGGAAGGUCUUUCGGCUUCAGGUGUACCUUUCUGAGCAUCAGAAAACUCACACUGAAGAAAAGCCCUUCAAGUGUAAGCUCUGUGGGUCAGCCUUCAGAAGUAAGUACCAACUUAGUAAACAUCACACAAUUCAUACUGAUGAAAAACCCUAUCAGUGCAAGGAAUGUGGGAAAUGCUUUCGUCAAAGGUCCAAUUUUACUGAUCACCAGAGUAUUCACACUGGAAAGAAACCCUUCCAAUGUAAAGAAUGUGGGAAGUUUUACAGACUUAAUACACUUCUCAUUCGUCAUCAGAAAUCUCACAGUGGUGAGAGACCUUAUGCAUGUAAAGAAUGUGGAAAGGCUUUUCAUCUUCCCAGUGAACUUAAUAACCAUCAAAUUGUUCAUACAAGUAAGAGACCCUUUGAAUGCAAAGUAUGUGGGAAGUCCUUCAAGCGCGAAUCCACCCUCAUUCAACAUGGGGCUGUUCAUGCCGGUGUGAAAUCAUAUGAAUGCAGCGAGUGUGGGAAAGCCUUUAUUCACCGCUCAAGCCUGUUGCACCAUCGGAAAAUUCAUUCUGAUGAGAAACCUUUUAAGUGUCAGGAAUGUGGAAAGGCCUUCGUUGUUCUGGCAUACCUCACUCGACAUCAGAGCAUCCAUAAUGGAGAGAAAUCAUUUGAAUGUCAGCAGUGUGGGUCAACCUUCAAAUAUAAAUCCCAACUCAAUAAACAUCAGAGAAGUCAUACUGAUGUGAAACUCUUUCAGUUCAUGGAAGGUGGAAAUGACUUUGUUCAUGGAAUAGACCUUAGAAUUAAUCAGGGAGUCUGUACUGGUGAGAGUCCCUUUCAAUGUAAUGAAUAUGGGGAACACUUUCAACAUCACAACCAAUUUUCUUGGACAUACUAGAAUUCAUACUGGUAGGAAACCCUAUCACUGUAAAGAAUGUGGAAAGAACUUCAAUUUGAACUCAGGCCUUCUUUAACAUAAAAGAAUACAUGCUGGUGUCAAACACUAUGAAUGCAAGGAAUGUAGGAACAUUUAUAGAAUUAGCUCAAGUUCCUCAGAGAGUCCAUUGAGGUUUGAAACCAUGUGAGUGAGAAGAAUCAGGAAAAGCUUUUAUUGUAAAUGAUGAGUUUACACAACACAAGGAAAUCUAUAAUAACCAGGAGUCCUAUACAUGUAAGGAAAGUGGAUAAGCCAUUGUAUGAAAAUUUUUCUGAAUAUCAGGGUGCUCAUAUUGUGAAUACUAUGACUUAAAAUAAUGUGGGAACUUUAAUCUGCCCUGGAUAUGGUGAAAUUAGUAUAUUCAUAUACUGUUGCUGCCAAGAAACUCUUUAGAAUGAGGUGGGAAGUGGGUUGUUCAGAGAAGAUAUUUGGUGAGAUUGUAUUUUCAUGUCAGAAAUUCAAGAUAGUGACCAUGAUCUUGAUUUACUUUCCUCUUGUUAGUUGUAUAAAUUUUAUUCAUCAAUCAAUAGUCACCCAGGAUAAUCAAUUUAGGGAAAACAGUUAUUGCAACUGAGAUGUUUUCCUUGUCACCAUCAAUAUUCCAUGGGUCCUAUGAUAUUACACUGGAUGUUUACUUUCUUCUUGCAUAAUUUGUUAAUGGCAGCAUAGUACCAGCCUAAGUUGUAGCAAUGGAGUUAUAAUAGAUAAUAAAAUCCUUCAGAGUAUUUGGUUAGUUCUCAUGGCCUGUAAAAGAGCUUUUAAGAUUUUCUCCUUUUAUGAGCAUUAAUAUAACUGACAUGAAAACUUAAUUGCACUUUAGACAGUUUAGGGAAGUCUCAUGCUUUUACUCACUAUUACAUUUUAAAUAUCAUUCUGGACACAUCUGAUGCAUGAACAUGAAAGGAUUGAAUUGUCCCCAUUCCUUACGUAUUUGUGUGGACAUUUUAAAAAAACACAGUCAUUUAUGAAUAAGUACUUUCUAUUGAUGAAACCCAUAAAAAUUUCAAAAUGUAAAACCCUAUAUUUCAUGCCUUCUGCCCACAUGUAAGUAUACAUUUUUUGAUAGGACACGAAAGUCCACAGGCUCCUCCAUCUCUUAUUCUUGCUAAGGUUAUUUCAGGUUUGACUAGAAUUUGACUAGAAUUUCCAUGUGGAGAAUCUUGUGGAAAAUUGUCCAACUCUACUUAGAAACUGGAGUUCAAAUUACCUCUGCUAAUUUAGCCUGGCUUCUGUUAAGUGCCCUGUGUGUUUAAACCUCUCCCUCCAGCUAUCUGCUUAUUUUGGGUACUGUUAAACUACCUGCUUGUCCAAAAGCUCCCCCUGUAGCUCGUGAACAAGAUAAAUAGGAUAUGGGUUUUCCUCUAAUUGCUGGGGCUAUACUUGGGUUCCAAAUACAUGAAUGUACUCAGAGCUGACUGGAAUAAAGACUUUAAUUUUGAAGUA